AUGGUUAAGUCGGCUGUUUUGGGUUUCCCCCGUAUUGGCGGGCAAAGAGAAUUGAAGAAGGUCACCGAAGCCUACUGGGGCGGCAAGGCCUCCGUCGACGAGUUGUUGGCCAAGGGUAAGGAGAUCAGAGAACACAACUGGAAGUUGCAACAGGCUGCCGGUGUCGACAUCAUCCCCUCCAACGACUUCUCCUACUACGACCAAGUGUUGGACUUGUCGUUGUUGUUCAACGCCAUCCCCGAAAGAUACACCAAGUACAACUUGGCUCCCAUCGAUGUCCUUUUCGCCAUGGGCCGGGGUUUGCAACGUAAGGCCACCGACACCACCGAGGCCGUCGACGUCACCGCGUUGGAAAUGGUGAAGUGGUUCGACUCCAACUACCACUACGUCAGACCCACUUUCUCCCACUCCACCGAGUUCAAGUUGAACACCGCUGCUGGUGUCAAGCCCGUCGACGAAUUCAACGAAGCUAAGGCGUUGGGCAUCCACACCAGACCCGUCAUCGUUGGUCCCGUGUCCUACUUGUACUUGGGUAAGGCCGACAAGGACUCGCUCGACUUGGACCCCUUGUCGUUGUUGGACAAGUUGUUGCCCGUCUACAAGCAAUUGUUGCAACAAUUGAAGCAAGCCGGUGCCACUGAAGUGCAAUUGGACGAACCGGUGUUGGUGUUGGACUUGGACGAAAAGACCCAGGCCGCGUUCAAGAAGGCCUACGACGCCUUGCAAGGCGACGACGUCCCCCAAAUCACCUUGGCCACCUACUUCGGCACCGUCGUCCCCAACUUGGCCGCGAUCAAGGACUUGCCCGUCGCUGGUUUCCACUUUGACUUUGUCAGAAACCCCGAACAAUUGGACCAAGUCGCCGACGUCGCCAAGGGUAAGACCUUGUCCGUGGGUGUUGUCGAUGGUCGUAACAUCUGGAAGACCGACUUGGCCAAGGCCUCGGAACUCGUCAAGAAGGCUCAAGCCGUCAACGACAACGUCGUCGUUGCCACCUCGUCGUCGUUGUUGCACACCCCCGUCGACUUGGCCUCGGAAACUAAGCUCGACGCCGAAAUCAAGGACUGGUUCUCGUUCGCCACCCAAAAGUUGGACGAAGUCGUCGUCAUCGCCAAGAACGUGUCCGGUGAAGACGUGUCGCAACAAUUGGCCGCCAACGCCGCCUCGAUCAAGCUGAGACAAUCGUCGCUGAUCACCACCGACCCUAAGGUGCAAGAACGUUUGGCUUCGAUCAACGAGUCGUUGUCGACCCGUAAGGCCCCCUUCCCCGAAAGAGACGCCGCCCAAAAGGCCAAGUACAACUUGCCCUUGUUGCCCACCACCACCAUUGGUUCGUUCCCUCAAACUAAGGACAUCAGAAUCAACAGACAAAAGUUCGCCAAGGGCACUUUGUCGGCUGAAGACUACGAUGCCUUCAUCAAGAAGGAAAUCGACCAAGUGGUCAAGUUCCAAGAGGAAGUCGGCUUGGACGUGUUGGUCCACGGUGAACCCGAAAGAAACGACAUGGUGCAAUACUUUGGUGAACAAUUGACCGGUUACGCCUUCACCACCAACGGGUGGGUGCAAUCGUACGGUUCGAGAUACGUCAGACCCCCCAUCAUCGUCGGUGACAUCCUGAGACCCAAGGCGAUGACCGUCAAGGAGUCGGUGUACGCUCAAUCGAUCACCUCGAAGCCGAUGAAGGGUAUGUUGACUGGUCCUGUCACCUGUCUCAGAUGGUCGUUCCCCAGAGACGACGUCUCGGGUAAGGUGCAAGCCUUGCAAUUGGGUCUUGCCCUUAGAGACGAAGUCCAAGACUUGGAAGCCGCCGGUAUCACCGUCAUCCAGGUCGACGAACCCGCCAUCAGAGAAGGUUUGCCCUUGAGAGCGGGUAAGGAACGUUCCGACUACUUGAACUGGGCCGCCCAGUCGUUCAGAGUCGCCACCUCGGGUGUGGAAAACUCCACUCAAAUCCACUCGCACUUCUGCUACUCGGACUUGGACCCCAACCACAUCAAGGCCCUCGACGCCGACGUGGUCUCGAUCGAGUUCUCGAAGAAGGACGACCCCAACUACAUCCAGGAGUUCUCCAACUACCCCAACCACAUCGGUCUCGGGUUGUUCGACAUCCACUCGCCCCGUAUUCCUUCGGAAGAAGAAUUCAUCAAGCGCAUUGGUGAAAUCUUGCAAGUGUACCCCGUGCAAAAGUUCUGGGUCAACCCCGACUGUGGGUUGAAGACCAGAGGCUGGCCCGAAGUCAAGGAGUCGUUGACCAACAUGGUCAACGCCGCCAAGCACUUCAGAGCUAAGCAGGCUUAA